CAAAUCAAAACAAUAUUUAAAAACAUCAUUUAUGCACUGUUGAAAUAGUAAUUUCAGUCGUUAUUGCCCUAAGAUAUCAGGAAACCAUUUAAAUAAUUAACAAAAUUAAUUUUGUGCUUGUAAUUGAUUAAAUAAAUGUGACGUUUAUUCCCAGUCUUGUGGCAACAUUGGCAGUAUUUGUUGUGUGGGCAUUAGUCACACGAAAAAUUGCAAUGGAUUUUUAUACGAUUUAGUCCCCGUACAAAUGAAGACAAUAAAAUGACGGUGGCGGAGUUUUUCGGUUGUACGUUUCUGGCCUUCGGGCCGCCGUUCGCGAUGUUCGUAUUGACAAUUGCUCACGACCCCGUUAGGAUAAUUAUUUUGAUAGCUGCUGCCUUUUUUUGGCUCCUAUCCCUGUUGUUGUCGUCCGCCUGGUGGUUUAUCGUCAAGCCCCUGAGGAAAGAUUUAGUGUUUGGUGUGAUUUGCUCAGUUUUGUUCCAAGAAGCAUUCAGAUAUAUCAUCUACAGGAUCUUGAGGAAGGCCGAAAACGGAUUGAAGAAGAUUACAGAUGAUAGUGUGAAAUUAAUAGAAAACAAACACAUUUUAGCGUACGUCAGUGGAAUGGGUUUUGGAUUAAUCAGUGGAGCAUUCUCCCUGAUUAAUGUGGUUGCUGACGCUAUUGGACCUGGAACAAUGGGAUUGAAAACUGGCUCAGAAACAUUCUUCAUCUCAAGUGCAGCCACCUGUCUAUGCUUCAUACUUCUGCACACGUUUUGGGGCGUCAUUUACUUUAAUGCAUGGGAUAACAACAAUAAAAUUCAAGUGGGUUUAGUAGUAGUCAGUCAUGUAAUAUGUUCAGGACUCACUUUACUUAACCGGUACCAAUUUUAUGCAGCAUCACUUGUCCCAUUGUAUCUGUUUGUUGUUCUAACCGGGCUGUUUGCUUUCAAAACGGCCGGCGGUUCGUAUUCGUCCUUCAAGAAUUGUAUUCUCUUAAAAUAGACUUGUAACCAUUAUUAAAAAGACUUGUUUUUAAUUAUAAAUAAUUUUAUAAGUAAUAAAUCAUUUUGGAAAUA